UUUAUUCCCUGUAAGUUUUCACUUAUUCCUCUAAAAUCUUUCGCCUUCUUUCCCCUCCACUUGUUCUGCACUAGCCGGUUCCCAAUCCUUCUCCACCUCAAUCGCGCCGCCCUCGCUAUGGCUUCUGCUGCGGAAGAAGACGGCAAGGCGUAUCCCAAGAUGAUCAUGGAGGCGAUCUCGGUGCUCGGCGACGCGGACAGGUCGGCCAUUUCGAAUCAUAUCGAGUCCAACAACCACGACUUGCCGCCGGACCACGCGUCGCUGCUCGAGGCGCACCUCGACCGCCUGAGGGAGAGCGGGGAGCUACUGCUCGUCGACGAGAAGUACUCGAAGCCAGGGGGAUCGCAGGCGACAGCGAAGCGCGGCCGCGGCCGGCCGCCGAAGCCGAAGCCGGAUGUGUUAACCGGUGCGGAGCUCCCUUCGCCGCGGCCGCGGGGGCGGCCGCCGAAGGCCAAGGAUCCGCUUGAGACGGCGGUUAAGAAGGCGGCCGCCGGGUUCCCCCGCGCCCGAGGACGCCCCCCGAAGGCGGAGAAGGCUGCGGGGUCCACACCGAGCGGCGCCGUGGUGGUCGGCGUGAAGAGGGGGCGCGGCCGGCCGCCGAAGGCAAAGCCUGCGCUGGUGGCGGAAGCGGUGUGAGCGGCCAUGGUCGCGCACUGUUGUGGCUUAGUUGUUCCAAAGAUUUGACAUUAGGAUCUUCGUGUAUGGUAGAUCACGGUGAUGUUAAUCUACGUGUAAAAUCUUAAUUUGAUCCCAAGAAGGAAAAAAAUCUUGCCCGAA